AUGUCUUCAAGGACCAACAAUGACCCUGAGCGGGUCUCUCUUUCUCAGUCCAGACACAGCUCCGGGGUUCAAGGAAUCUCAAAUAUGACCUCCAGAUCCAUUCCGGAUGAUGAUUUGUCAAGCCAUGACAACUCCUCGCUGUGCUCUCUACCAUCAGCCCAUGGAAACCCCCAGGAUAUGAAAGACUGGAGCUUGUCUGCUCCAGACUCUCUCGAUCAGGCCAUGUCUUCCAAGGAUUCUCCCCAGGUGCAAAUGCUUUCUUUCUCCCUGUCUCAACAGCUGAUGACCCCCACGGUCGGACCCAAUGAUGUGAUGUACACAGGCGUGGACUUCCCAGCAGUCUCAGACCUGCAUGAUCAUAAUGACUUGCCACGGGACUUUUACUCUUAUGUGGACCUUUCUGCCAUGGAUAAUGAUGUCUGCGUCCAGACGAGCACCCCGGAUGAUGCUCUGUCUGUGGCUCACAGUUCCCACACCGAGGAUGGCCAAUUAACAUGGAAUGCCAUGAUGCAUGAUAACCAAUACCCUGGAACCACUCUGGAUCAACUCUCCUCCAGCAUUUUCCAGGCUGUGCCCGUCUCUCCCCCACUGACAGAGGCUAGUAAUGACAUUUCUGUGACUUCCUCUUGUUCUCACUCGGCAUUUCCUUCUUUUUUGGCCCCGGAUGAUACCCUUCUCGGAGACUUCACCCAUUCGCCCAUCGGUAACCCAGGACUCAACCCGGCCGAGCCCCUGUUUCCCAGCGUCAGCCCGCUCAGUGAAAAGGACCCUAACAGGACCAUCCGCCCAACCAAGCAAUCCCGUCGGGGCACCGUGCCAACCGCAGGUGUCAAGGCGGAAUCGGAGUUUUUCCACCCUCUGCCUGUGCGAGAGCCCGUCCGACAAAGAUCCAAGGACACUACCGAUGCCCGCAAUCCGCGAGAGCAUCCCUACUAUGCCCUGGGAACCCAGAAUGAUGGAAAAUACCAUUGCCCGUAUACCACCCGAGAGAAACCAUGCAACCACCCGCCCACCACGCAAAAAUGCGCUUACCAGCAAGUUCUCCCAGUUCUCCCAUCUUUUUUGCUGUCCCGCAAGAUCAAAACAACUAACAGUCGACCCUACAGCAAAUACCUGGAUUCCCACCUGAAGCCCUACCGCUGCAAGGUCGCAGCUUGCAUGGAAUCUCAGCUGCGUUUCUCCUCGAACGCAUGUCUGUUCCGCCAUGAGCGCGAGGCCCACGGAUUCCAUGGUCAUGGAGAUAACCCCCACCUCUGUCACUUCGAAGGAUGUGAACGAUCCGUGCCUGGAUUCGGAUUCCCCCGUAGAUGGAACCUGCAUGACCACAUGCGCCGCGUGCACGAUUACAACUCGUCCGAGCGUCACAGCUCGCCCGAGAACUCGCCGCCCGGUGUCCCUACCAAAAAGAAGGAUUCAUCCGCCGGCCGCAAAAGAAGAGGAGUUACUGGUCCCACUCCAGCCCCUACCAUGAAGCGCACCCGCUCCGUCCACUCCCAGGCCAGUCCGGUCAAGGCCACGCAGAGCACUGCCCAGCUUGGUCAGCGCCUGCAGAGCGCAGAGCGCAGUUACUACAGCUGCCGCACUCGUCUGCUCGAGGAACUCGGCAAGAUCACCCCGCAGGACGCUUCCAUGCACGAAAAGGUCAAUGCCAGCCUUCAGGAACUCUUCACCCUAGGCUUGAACUAUCGCCACAUCGAGGCCAGCCAGGCGGUUUCUCAGAUGCCCAAUGGACGUCCCGCAUGA